GCAGCACAAUGAUAUCCAUUCAUCCAUAUCCAAUUAUCCAUCCAUGGUAGAGCUCUCAAAAAGUAACACAAUCAUGCCUUCCAGUAAGACUCUCCUCCUCAUAACUAAUCUCACCCUUCUCAGUUUUGCAACAACUGAGGCACAAAACGACCCUUUCUAUCUAUACAAAGAUUGUUCCAGCGACAAAACCAGCCCCAACACCUCCUUCCAAUUUAACCUCAAGAACCUCCUUUCUUCCCUAUCAUCCAACGCCACCGGCAACACCCCAUUUUACAACGCCACAAUCAAUGGCGAAAACCCCUCUGACUCUAUCUAUGGACUUUUCAUGUGUAGGGCUGACGUGUCCUCUCACCUCUGCCAACUAUGCGUCCGGAAUGCAACCCAACAACUAUCAUCAGAAUGCUCCUUAUCCAAACAAGCAGUCAUAUGGUACGAGGAGUGCAUGGUUUGGUAUUCCACGUCUUUUAUUUUCUCCAGUGUGGCCACAACACCUAGUAGUCCCAUGAAGAACAGUGGUAAAGUCCCAAAGCCAGAAAGAUUCAUGCGUUUAGUGUUCAGGACAAUAAACCAAACUGCAGAUGAAGCAUCAUUCCAAUCAAGUAUUGGUAACAAUAAGUUCGCAACAAAGGAAGCAACAAACGUGUCAGGAAUAUCUCAGACUCAAACCCUUUAUUGUUUAGCUCAGUGCAUACCGAAUCUUUCACCACAUGAUUGUAGAACAUGCCUUGAUGAUGCAAUAAGGAAAAUUCAAGAGUGUUGUGAAGGAAGGAUAGGAGGGAGAGUUCUGUUUCCUAGCUGCAAUGUUAGGUAUGAAAUGUACCCUUUCUACAAUGUUCGUUCAGCAACUCCUGUACCAAAGCUUAUUCCUGAAACAAAAACUUCCCAUGCAGAUUCAAAUUUAUCAGAAUUUCCUAUUUAUCUUUCUCAUAAUUGCACAAACAAAACCUUCAAUGCCAACAACAGUGCUUUCCAAACACACCUCACCACACUCUUAUUUAACCUAGCUUCUAAUGCCACAACCGGGAACAAGUUUUAUACGGCUGAUGUGGCUAACACAGUGUUUGGUCUCUUCUUGUGCCGAGACCAAGAGGAUCUUCCUUCAGGGCUUUGUGGUGAGUGUGUCAAAAACGCAACGCAUGAAAUAUCAUCAAAGUGUGGCUCGUUCCAUGAGGCUAUAAUUUGGUACAGCCAGUGCAUGCUUCGCUAUUCCUAUAGAAAUUUUUUCAAUGAAAUGGAAACAGGUCCUGUGUUUUCUGAGUUGAACACCACCAACAAGGAUGAUGAACAAAAUUUCUUUACGAUGAAGUUAGCGAAGGCGUUAGAUCAAGCGGCGAUCCAGGCAGGGGACAGUGAUGAGAAAUACGGAAAAAGGACGACAAAAUUGAAUGAUUUGCAAACCCUUUAUGCUCUUGCUCAGUGCACACAAAAUUUGUCUAUUGAAGAUUGCAAGGGUUGUCUGGGAAUUGUGAUUGGAACAUCAAUUCCAUGGUCUCGUUUGGGAAGCAUAGGGGGAAGAGUUUUGUAUCCUAGCUGCAAUAUCAGGUUUGAAUUGUUCCAAUUCUACAAAGACAAUGACAAAUCUGGGACGUCAUCAUCACCAGAAAGAAGAAAAGGCAAGUCGCCAAUAAUUAUCUUGAUUGUUGUGUUGGCAAGUAUUUCUGUGACGUUAUUCUUUGCAGCUUACUAUUUUCUACAUAAAAAUGCAAGAAAGAGGCGUGCAGCUAUUCUCGAAGAUAAUUUUGGUCUUGAAAUGGCUACUUUAGAGUCGUUGCAAUUUGAUUUGGCUACCAUUAUAGCAGCAACUAAUAGAUUUUCAGACCAGAAUAAAAUAGGCAAAGGUGGAUUUGGAGAAGUUUACAAGGGUAUUCUUCUUGAUGGAUUACAAAUAGCUGUAAAGAGAUUAUCAAAAAGUUCAAAGCAAGGAUCAAAUGAGUUCAAGAAUGAAGUUUUAUUAAUAGCCAAACUUCAACAUAGAAAUCUUGUGACUCUAAUUGGUUUUUGCCUUGAGGAACAAGAAAAAAUACUUAUUUAUGAAUAUGUGCCAAACAAGAGCCUUGAUUACUUUCUAUUUGAUUCUCAACCACAAAAGUUAAGUUGGUCCCAACGCUAUAAUAUUAUAGGAGGAAUUAUUCAAGGAAUUCUUUAUUUACAUGAACAUUCUAGACUAAAAGUUAUACAUCGUGAUCUCAAACCCAGUAAUAUUCUAUUAGAUGAAUGUAUGAUUCCAAAAAUUUCAGAUUUUGGUCUCGCCAGAAUUGUUGAAAUAAAUCAAGACCAAGGGAGUACAAGUGUAAUUGUUGGAACAUAUGGUUAUAUGUCUCCAGAAUAUGCAAUGUUCGGACAAUUUUCUGAGAAGUCAGAUGUUUUCAGUUUUGGUGUCAUGGUUUUAGAGAUUAUAAGUGGAAAAAAGAAUUUCAGUUCUUAUGAAUCACACCGUAUUACUAAUGGCCUCUUAAGCUAUGUUUGGAAACAAUGGAGUGAUCACACACCUUUGAACAUAUUGGACCCAGAUAUUACUGAAAAUUAUUCUGAAAUUGAGGUCAUCAAGUGCAUUCAGAUUGGUUUAUUAUGCGUUCAACAAGACCCUGAUGCUAGACCUACAAUGGUGACAGUUGCUUCAUAUCUGACUAGUCACCCUAUUGAAUUGCCAACACCACAAGAGCCUGCAUUUUUCUUGCAUGGUAGAAUGGAUGAAAAUGCAGUUGCGAAUGAAUCAAGUUCCAACCAAUCGAUCAACACUUCUACACCAUUAAUAUUCUCUAACAAUCAAAUGUCUAUAAGCCAAUUUCUUCCUCGAUAAUUUCUUAACAUUCGUAGAGAGAAAGGAUUCUUUGCGUCUGUUUCGACUAAAGGAGUUACAGCUGAAUGGAUAGUUCAGGCUUUUUAAUUGGUUUAAUCAGGUUGUAUGGAAGACUGUAUAUGUGUAGCAUACUGUAAAUGCUUACCUAGGAUGCUGCUUUCUCGAAGAAACAGGUGCUGCAGGCUGAAUGCAUUCUCAGGUCACAAUCCUGGUCUUUUAGUUCCUGCUUAUUUUGGUAGCCAGCUGCUAAUAUUGGUUUCAAUUUUGAGGACUUGGAAGGGUCACGUGUGAAAGAGUUUGUUGCCAAUAUAUAAUAAUUAAGGGACAUAUUGAGCAUACUAUACUAAAAAAAUAGUUGGUGUUUGUUUAAUUGAAGAGCCUAGUGGAAGGGGGUUUUCCAUUUUGAGGCCGGGGGCUUUCUUUCUUGUGUCUGCUGCUUUGUUUGUGUUCUUUCAUAUAUUUAUUUUUGGUGGUCCUAACUGUGGCCUUGUGCUGUAGAUUAUAUCAGGAAAACUGAAGUAUAUCUCGCGUUGUCUAGAGGUAGUUAUUGAAUAAUGUAUAUAAAUGAAAGAUAAUUCUCAUAUUAAAA